AUGGCGAGAACAUCAUGUGUUCGCGUUCCCCCCAUCCUGCUCUACUGCCUCAUCUCUCUCGUUACUUCUCAUUCCAUAGACUCCUCCCCGGUACUAUGCCCCUCAGCCUUAUCAUCGGUUCCCUGCAUUGACCCUCCCGUGUCAACCGGGAUCAUAGAAGCUGGUCUAUCCGAGUCCCUAUCCAAGUCUUCAUUGGCUGUCUAUACCGAUUGCCUGCAACAGAUGACUCGCAAAGCGCAAAUAACCAUUCUGACUCUGUCGUCACUCAUUAUUUAUGUCUCCGUUAAUAGCAUAGUCCGCGCUACUCGCCCCAACGCUUUCAUCUGGUCUGCGGAGGAUCGUGAGGAGUCGAGCUGGAUAGCUACCUCGCGCUCCUGGUUCGACCGUAAGAGCUGCCGCUGGAUCGGCAUCUGCGGUGCCGCCCAUUUUCAAUUAGCCCACGAGCCAUACGGACAUCGUAACUCGGCCGCCUGGACCGAAGUACCCGACGAUAAUGACGAGGACGGUGCUGAGUCCUGGCGCUCAUAUUGGUCUAGCGGGGCAAAUCAAUCUGAGUGGAAUGCGGAUGAGUGGGCUAAGCGGGAGAUCCCCGACUAUGUUUUUGACUAUGCCCCACUUGUUCAUCUCUACUCCAAGGAACAAUAUUGGCCUGGUGAUAUCGCCGAACAUCUGUACCACACCACUCCCAUGCUCAAUUACACCCCUAUGCAAGGUCAAUGGGAUCAUCCGACCCUCACCGACCUUGAUCAACUGAAUGAGUUUGAUGUGAAAAAUGUUUACUUGACCAGUAACGAUGAUCCCCAGACCCGACCACCUUGGCUGGAGGGUGAAAAUAACAUUCCGCAAUCGAAGGGUGGAAGGAGGAAAGAAUCCUGGGCGGAUUGGGAUAGUCGGAUAGAUGGUCACAUUGAUACGCCAGAAGAGCGUGCCCAAUGGUCUGAUUUGAGUCAGGUCACGCAAGAUCGGGAAGACCAGCAAGAUUACCAGGAAGAGUAUCAGGAGGAUUAUGAGGAUUAUAUGAGUGACGACGACAUCAAAGAAGCAUUGAAAGAGGAAUCCUCACACGCCGAAGAAUACUUACUCCAUGAGCUUCGGAAACGAUACGGGGGUAACGAGAUUCAAAAACCUUUAGUCCCAGGCGGCGGAGGUCGAAGUGACGCGCCCGCCAUUUUACUCGUCAUGGACAAGGGCAACGGAGUCGUCGACGCUUUCUGGUUCUUCUUCUACAGUUUCAAUUUGGGAAACACUGUGAUGAAUGUACGAUUCGGAAACCAUGUUGGUGAUUGGGAGCAUUGUCUUGUGCGGUUCCACCACGGCAACCCCAAAGCCCUAUUCUUCAGCGCUCACCGAGCGGGUGAGGCAUACAACUAUGAAGUUGUAGAAAAGCUUGGGCAACGCCCUGUUAUCUACUCUGCCGAAGGCAGUCAUGCCAUGUAUGCCACACCGGAUGUACACCCAUACAUUCUUCCCUUGGGACUACUACACGACAUUACCGACCGAGGCCCACUCUGGGAUCCCACACUCAACAUACACGCAUAUACAUAUGACUAUGACAAUGACAUCCUCCGUGCAUCCACCGCCAAUCCUGAAUCCCCUACUGAGUGGUUCUACUUCCGCGGUCACUGGGGCGAUAAAUUCUAUGCUCUCGGCGACUCUCGACAAUACCGAUUUGCUGGACAAUACCACUACGUGAACGGACCGCUCGGACCCCGAUUCAAACAUCUCAAUCGACGCAAGGUGUGUCAAGGGCCCGAUACGAAACCCUGUGUUAUUAGAGAUUGGAUUGGUGAAGGAAGUCGAGAUUCACGCUGGGGCUCCUCAGGGCCUGACGAGUAA